UCUCUUCCUCUUCUUGGGCUUAUAAUAAUAACAAUACGAUGGGAGCAUCAGGAUUGGAUAAUCCGAUGUGGGUUUUAAACGGGUCGUCUCCUGCUAAUUUCAAAUCUCAUCAUCAUCAGUUGCACUAUGGGGUCGGGGUCGGGGCUUCUCAUCAUCGCAAUGAGGAGGCCACAUCCUCAUCGGGGUUCAUGAGAUCCAGGUUUAUGAUGCCUAAACUACCCUCCAGGAGAAGCAUGAGAGCUCCUAGAAUGCGUUGGACUACAACCCUCCAUGCCAGAUUCGUUCACGCCGUUCAGCUUCUUGGCGGCCAUGAAAGAGCCACUCCAAAGUCAGUUCUGGAGCUGAUGGAUGUGAAAGAUCUCACAUUAGCUCAUGUUAAAAGCCAUUUGCAGAUGUAUCGAACAGUCAAGACCACUGACAAGCCUGCUGCUUCCUCAGGCCAAUCAGAUGGAUCUGGUGAGGAUGACAUGUCCCCCGUCGGUGGCAACGCCGAUCGUGGUGGUCUUCGCCAGUUUUCCAAUCCAAGAGGCCGAUCAGCAGAUCGAUCUCUGCAACAAGACGUAGACCAUCCUUCUACUACUCUAUGGAGUAAUUCUUCAAGCAGAGAGCCAUGGCCGCCACAGAAUAAUCCUUAUGAUAUGGAUGGUCUCAGAAAAACUGCCUUCCACUCACAACCGAUGUCAAGAGGGCAUCAAACUCAGGAAUGUAAUUCAAGGGAAGCACGAGUGCUAGUGAAGAACAGUUUGUCAGAUGUCAAUAGAGAAUGCAAGAAUCCAUGCUUGGAGUUUACGUUAGGAAGACCAGAUUGGAAUGGUGGCAGAGGACAGGCCUAGCUAAUUGAUUUUUCAUUAUAUAAUUAUAGCUAUAUAUAUCCAUGGCGAUCGACAAGUUCAUCAUCUUAUUCGUUCUUCAAAUGUAGAGAGAGAGGUGGUCUUAUAAUUGCCAGUGAGAAGAGAAGAUUAAAAUAAUCCCUGCGACAUAUAUAUGUAUACUUCUGCUUUUGGUUUCUUCUCAAGUGAUCUAU